CGUUUUUUGUGUGAGGGCCGAAGCGACGAUGGCCGGCAAUGGACGCUCGAACGCCGACGUGGCCGCGAUGCUUCGCGGACCGAGGCGCAAGCGAGCGCCGGGCGACGACGAUGGAACGCAAAAGCCGUCGCGCGGAGGCCUUGGCUUCGUAGCAGCGGCCGACGCGACCGAGCCAGCGCCCGGGUACUCCACAACAAGCUUUGCAGCGAUGUUCACUCCCGCUUCAGUACAGGACUCGUCCGACAACACGACUGACGCUCCCGAUGAAGAAAACGAAGUGCCGCGGGGGCUGGGCUUUACCCGAGCGACGGACGAGCCCGCAGCAGCGCCGCGCAGUGGUCUCUCGAACGCAGCGUUCGCGGCCCUGUUCACAUCAGCGUCGCGGCCCGACGAGACCGAUGCCACCGAGAGUCGCCACACAAACGUGCAAAGCAACGCUACACCAUUGGACGACGAAGAGCCCAAGGACGCGCCGACCGAGCGAUCGGGCUUUUCCAACACGGACUUUGCGGCCAUGUUCCGUACCGCCUCCGUCGAGACUGUGGAAGCCACUGCGGCCUCUCCCGUUCAUGCCACUAUCGAGCCAUCUGCCCCAGCGCCGUUGUCGGUCCCAGAGCAUGUCCCAGAGCCCAAGCUGCCGCCACCCAACAUGGCGAGCAUGGGCAAGUGGGAGAAACACACCAAGGGGUUUGGUAUGAAGAUGCUGGCCAAGAUGGGGUUCAAAGGGCGUCUGGGUAAGGACGAGCAAGGUAUUGCGGUGCCGAUCGCCGUCAAAGCGCGCCCGAACCAGCUCGGUCUCGGCGCAUCGGGCUUUAAAGAGGCGUCGUCGCUCGCGCAAAACAAGCAGGUCGAGCGCGAGCUGCACGGCAAGACGAUCGAAGACGAAGAAGAGGUUGCGCGCAAGCAGCAGGUCUUUGGAACCGACGACGGCGCGUGGCGCAAGCGGCUCGGCGCACCGAAGAAGCGCAAGCGAAAAUCGGCCAAGGACCUGUUCCUCGAGGACGACGAGGACAAUGCGCCCGUGGCCAAGACUACGAUCAUCGACAUGCGCGGUCCCGAUGUCAUGACGUACGAGAAUGGGCUCUCGGAGCUGCAGAAGCAGUCGCUCUUUGCGGCCCCCGUGCUCGGCCAAGAGCUUCUCUACAACCUCCGAACGAUCGUCAACGAAGCCGAAGGCGCCAUUCGAGUCGGUCGGCAGCGCAUGACCAUCGAACGGUCGCGGCUUGCCGUACUUCAACACGCAGCGUCGGCCACGUCUGAGAAGCACGACGCCGACGCCGACGCCCAAGCCAAUUUGGCAGCGAUUCACCGGGCACUGCAGAAUUUGCACGCGGAAAUCGCCGGCGCGUCCGCUCCAAAUGGCCUCGAGCGCAUUACCGACACGCUUGUGGGGCUCCGGCAGCAGUACCCGGUCGAGUUUGAGUCGCAGCACAUCAUCGACGUCUUGCCGUCGCUCGGGCUGCCCCUUCUCAAGUCGCUCCUUCUGACGUGGGAUCCGCUCGAAGACGUGGACGACGGCGCGCUUGCCUUUCAGAGUUGCUUCUCGUGGGUGCGGGACUGCUUGACGACCUGCGUGGCGACGCCGACGGCCCAAGACGCCGGGCUCUUUGCGACGAGUCUCGACACGCGCCACGACAAGCUGUACCAGCACGUGUGCGAGGUCGUCCUUGUGCCGCAUGUGACGUCGGCGCUGCAUCGCUGGGACGUGCGUCGCCCGUGCCUGCGGCUCUUUGCGUUUCUCGAUACAUUUGCGCAUCCACGGAGUAUCUCGCAUUUGCUUGUCGCCGGUAUUUUGCCCAAACUGCAGCACGCGGUGCGGUCGUGGGACCCCCAGACCGACCCGGUCCAUCUCCACGAGUGGCUUCUUCCGUGGUCCACGCGCUUUCUCAAGGAUGACUUUGACAAGCCGCUGUUCCCGCUCAUUCGAGAGACGCUCAGCCGCGCGCUCGCGCAGUGGCACCCGCGCGACGCGUCCAUCUUUACCGUGCUCUCGCCGUGGAAGGAGGUGUGGACGCCCGAAGACUUUGCGAUCUUCACACACAAGACGAUUGCGCGCAAGCUGCUCCGGUGCUUGAAUCGAGAGCUCUCGGUCGAGCCCGGCGCGACCUACGACGUCGCGCCUUUGCAGUGGACGUUUCAAUGGCACGGCCUCCUUCCGGACCGACAGCUUGUGGCUCUCCUCGAAGGCGAAGUGUUCUCCAAGUGGCUGCACGCACUCCGGCGGUGGGUCGAGAAGGCGCGGGCCGCGACAGUCGAGGACCGCAAGACCAUGGUGUCGGAGAUGGUCGUCUGGUUCCACGGCUGGAAAACGCUCUUUGCUCCGCUCUGGCAGCUCCACCGGAUCCGCCUCCAGUUUUGCAUGGGUCUCCAGCUGCUGAAAUGCGUUGAGCGUGGCACGCUGCCGUCGCUGGACGUGCUCGCGACGACGUACGACAAGGCGCUCGUCCUCGGCGGCAAGCAGCAGCCAGCCGGCCAAACGCAGCACAAAGCGCCGGUCGCCCAAGACGUGCUGCACAUUCGCGAUGUGCUCGAGUCGGUGGCGCUGGACGCUGGCAUCGACUUUGUACCACACCCGCGCAACCAUCGCGUCAGUGGCAAGCCCGUCUACUGUCUCGGGUCGCUCUCGAUUUACUUUGAAGCCGACGUUGUGUUUGCCGAAGAAGCUACGAAAGGGUCGUUUGCUCCCACCGACAUAGACAGCCUCUUGCGUCGGGCCCGCAGUUCGUAGCCGACUUCAAUAAAUAUAUAUACAUAUAUAUAUUGGUACGAAA